UCGCAUGGUGGCAAGUCGUGAAAAUUCGCGAAAAUCAUUGCAGUGUGAAUUGUUAAUUGUGCCCCGUCAGUUCGAUUUUCACGUGCGCGAGUAAAAAAGAAAAUAAAUAUGCUGAGGAGUAUCGUUACAGACUUACCUGCAUUCUGCAGAAGUGCUAACAAUGUAGCUCCCAAGAUAUCGAGACAUUAUGCAACAGAAGCGACAUUCAAGAUUAUGCCAUAUCGUCUUCACAAGUUCCAAAGUGGUCCCAAGGAGGAAGCAACUGUGACUCGCGACGAUGCCAUAAAAAUGUACAAGAAUAUGCAAACGAUAAGGCGCAUCGAGACGGCGGCUGGGAAUCUCUACAAGGAGAAAAUUGUCCGUGGCUUCUGUCAUUUGUACUCAGGACAGGAAGCUUGUGCUGUUGGAAUGCGUUCCGCAAUGAGGCCAGCCGAUUGCAUAAUCUCUGCCUAUCGCGUCCACGGCUGGACGUAUUUGAUGGGUGUCUCCAUAGCUGGAGUCCUGUGCGAACUAACAGGACGCAAGACAGGAUGUGCCCGUGGCAAGGGUGGCUCAAUGCACAUGUACAGCAAGAACUUCUACGGUGGCAAUGGGAUUGUAGGAGCACAAAUUCCCCUCGGAGCUGGCGUAGCUCUGGCCAAUAAGUACAAAGGAAAUGGUGGUGUGUGCUUUGCCCUCUACGGCGACGGAGCUUCCAAUCAGGGUCAAGUUUUUGAGGCCUACAACAUGAGCCACCUGUGGAAAGUCCCGUGUAUUUUUGUCUGCGAGAACAAUGGCUACGGCAUGGGAACAAGUGCUGAGAGAUCUUCCUCAAACACCGCAUACUACACACGUGGUGAUGCCCUUCCUGGGAUCUGGGUUGAUGGGAUGGAUGUUCUUGCUGUAAGAGAGGCUACGCAGUUUGCAAUUGAUUAUGCCACAAAGACGGGACCACUAGUGAUGGAAGUCUUCACAUACCGCUACUCCGGACAUUCAAUGUCCGAUCCGGGAACGAGCUAUCGCACAAGGGAUGAGGUUCAGGAGGUGCGACAGACAAAAGAUCCAAUUAUGCUGUUCAAGAAUAAAAUCACCGAGUCAGGAUUAGUGUCGGCAGAUGAGAUAAAAAAAUUCGACGCCGAAAUCAAGAAGGAGGUUGAUGCUGCCACCGCCCUUUCAAAAUCCGACACCGAAAUCGAACUCAAGGAGCUCACCACAGACAUCUAUUCGGCCAACAUUGAGCCCAAAGUACGCGGCACCCACGUGAAUCAGCAAUUCCCCCAUGCAUCCCUCAAGAGAGCCGUCAACUUGUAAAAGGGACAUGGACGCCGCAGUUCCCUCCCAUGAAAAUUUCUUCUCACCAACAUGUUAAUUAAAUUUUCUUGUUAACAUAUACAAAUACAACUCCUCUAUGUACAUAGUGGAAGCUUGCCAGAGGAGAGUGAUGUUUACAAUUUUGGUGAGUCUAAAUAGAGAGCAUGAGUGCCGGAGACUUAGAAA